GCUCUCGCCUGUCAUCUCUCGUCUCGUCUCUCGAACCAGAAACACGACGACCCCUCAGAAAACCGAGUUAGGGAUCCUGAGUGGACUCGCUCGUCAGCUGAUCCAUUCAUAGUUGCAACUUGCAAUCUUCCUUCACACUCUACUUCUUCUUCUCUUCCUCCACAGAUGUCACAUUCAAGGGAAGGAAGGCGUGGACCCUCGAAGUCUCCCUCACCACGUCCCUCGGCGGCUUCUUCUCCUAGAGCUCGAAGGUCAAGAUCAUUGUCCCGGUCACGAAAAAGUCGCUCCAGAUCAAGAAAUAAUCUCUAUGUGACUGGUCUAUCCACUAGGGUUACCUCCAGUGAUCUUGAGAAGUUCUUUGCUAAGGAAGGGAAGGUGGUGGAGUGCAAUCUGGUGCUUGAUCCUCGCAGCAAGGAAUCCCGUGGAUUUGCUUUUGUCACCAUGGAAACCACCGAGGCUGCUGAGCGCUGUAUCAAGUACUUGAACCGUUCUGUGCUUGAAGGACGAUUGGUCACAGUGGAAAAGCAGGUUUGCUAUGUGUAACUUCAUCAUCGAAUUCACCAUCUAAGCUCUCCUAAACAGUUGAACCCCAUCAUCCCUUCCGCAAUCACCACGAUAUGAGUUCCGCAUCGACUUGUUGAAUUCCCCGUCGAUAUUGAUUCAAAUCGAUCAACUGUAUUUGCGGAGGGUUGUUUAUCUUCCCUUUUCAUCGUUAGUAAAAAGCUAAAAGGUCUCGUGGCAGGACACCAACUCCCGGGAGGUAUCAAGGUCUGAGAGAGCGACGAGGACGUGGUAGUCAGAGGCGCUCGCGUAGCUACUCGCCUCGUAGACGUGACCACCGAGAGCGAGAGAGGGAUCCAUACCCAAGGGAUCGACGAGGCAGAUCGCGAUCUCCUUCUGGAAGAAGGAAAGAUGAUCAUCAUGACUCGCAUAGGAGGCACAGGGAAACUUCACCCUCAGCAGAUCGGAGCCACCGUAGGUAGGUAGACAGACAGAUGACCGGUGGGGUUAAGAUGAAAGAAUCAUCCCCUACCUACCGAGCUACUGCUAUAUCCAGUCUUGUUUACUCUGCUCAUCUUAUCAGGAUCCAAUUUAUUGGGGGAAGCCCUUAAGAGUUAAGACCAACUGGGUUUAGGUUAUGUUUGUAUACUCAUUUUGUAUCCGUAGGAUCUUGGCGAAGCUUUGUAUCUCUUCUGUUCAUCAUCUGCAGUAGCUCUAUCAUCUAACUUGGGGAUUUCUGGUUAUUUUCUUCUCUUCAUCCUCCUUGCUACGAGGCUUGGAUGAUGGUUAAUAUGAUUAACGCAGAGCAGUAAAUUCUUAAUAA